UUGUCAUCACGAUGAAAGAAGGCAGUGAUGUUGUUUUACCCUGUUCCCUCAGCUCCAAGGAGAACAUUGAGUCAAAGCUGUUUGACUGGAUGAAAGACGGUGACAAGGAGGUGUUCAUAUAUGAUGGAGGCCUUAUUCAUGGUAACGGAUAUACAGGUCAAGAUGAUCAGUUUGAAGGUCGAGUCUCACAUUUUCAAGAUGAACUGAAGAACAGCAACGCCUCCAUAAAGAUCUCAAAGACCAAGGUGUCUGACAGUGGAGUCUACACCUGUAUUUUUCCUCAUCUUCAGCCCAGUCAGACGUUCCACAUUCAGCUUGUUGUUGAGUGUGUCUUAAAGGACAGAGCAGCAGAAAACAUCCCAGGUGUAUCCAUGAGACCAUCUGUCAUGGCACAGUACAGAAAGGGUCACUUUCUGCUGCAGUGUGAGGUUCAUGGAGCUUCUCCUAAACCUAAAGUAGAGUGGAGGGACAGUUCUGGAAACAUCCUUCAGUCUAAAGAAGCACCGGUCAGGGAAAGAGGAGGCAGCUACGACAUCAUCCUCCAAACUACUGAGACCAAGACCGACCACUACAGCUGUGUAGUUACACAGGAGGAGAUUUGUCAUCAGGUCGAUGGCAGCGUCUUUGUGCACUUCCAGGGGUCCUGCACUGGAUGGAUGGUUUCUACUUGGAUUUUACUUCUUCUUCUUCUUCUUCUUCUUAUAGCAGGAUACUUCUUUCGCAGAAAGGUAAAAAGGAGACGGUCGCCCAACGUAAACGCGCACCAAAAUGCAGAGUCUGAAGGGAUCCAGGUGGAGCAGUUGCUGAGUAAUGGUGAAAAUCAGAGUUAAAGAGGAGAGAGGAGCUUUAAAGGGACCAUCUGUGAGCUGAAGUGUGUGUUUGUAUCUCCUUCUUUAAAAAUUGAAACUGAUUACUGCAGAGGUUGUGUUCACACACACUCUCCUGAUAGGUGCCUUUGUGUGUGUUUGCUCAAAUUUAAACCAAUAUCAGCUCCUUCUUUUUAUUGCUUUUUUACUGCAUCAUGCUUGAAUGUGAAGAAAUGAGAAUAUCUCUGAAGCCAAAAACAUUUUUUCAUAAACUGUUUGAAAAAAAGAGAGACUUUGUUCUCUGGUUGUAAACAGAUGAAAUAUGCAGGUUUUAGUUCCUGAUAGUGAAAACUGAGAUGGACUGUAGGAAGUGAGAAUUCUCUGAGCUCACAGAUAUGUGUUGUUGUUUUUAUAUCUCAGAGUAACCCUUAAUGUUUUGUUUCUGAAUAAGAAAUGUUGUGUCAGUAUGAGGGACACAUUAAAAACAGACUUAGAGAAUAAAGUUGUAAUGUCUAAAGGGUGAAGUGUUAAGAAAAAUAAAGCUGUAACAUAACUAAUAAGGAGUUUUAAUUAUUAGAUUUUUAAACGUGUUAACAGUUUGAUAAUAGACUGCCCGUCUUAAAUAAACUCAGUUUGUUAGUUAACCUUUUCAGAGUCCUGAUAAAUAUGACAGUGUGGUGCUGAUGGAGCAAAAGUUAUAGUGAGUUUUUUAUGAAGCCUUCUCUAAAGUAUGACUUUAUAAGAUGAUCCAUGUUCCUCAGUUUAGUGCAGGAGGCUGGCUGCUCUUCAGAUAUUCACCUUUAAAAUAACAAACAGGAUAAACAUUGUUUCCUCUCAAUGUUCGACUCAUUCUCAUCACAUUACGACUUUAUUCUCAAAAUCCAUCAAUCUGUUUUUAAUGUGGCCUUUAUUCUUUGCUCUGCUGCUUGUGCCUUAUAUAUCAAUAGUUAUAUUAGUGUAUAUUUAUCAUGAAGUUAUCACUCUUUGAAUGUUUCCCUGUUUCUGUAAAUGUCUUGUUAAAGAAUGUUUCUAUUCUGUGUUGUGUGCUGUUACAGCUCUUACCUCCAGAGAAAAUAAUUUGUGUCCUCUCUAUGAAUAGUUUUAGAGAAGAUGAACUUUAUGUUAAAAUGAAUUCAAGAGACUUUUAGCUUAGCUUAGCAUGAAGACUGAAACAGUAGCUUUAAGCUAACUAGCCGUCUCUACAGGUGAACAAAGAUCAGCAGUGACUUUUCAGGUUGUUGUGAACUCUGUGUGUUAACUGAUCAACCAGCAGAGACUCUAAGAAGUACACAAAGACAAGUUCAUGAAUUUAAUUUAAUGUUUAUUUUAUCUCAUUUGAACUUGACUCUUUGGAGAUACUCUCUUUGGUAUAUUGAUGCUGAUGAAUUGUAGCUUGUUGAAUAAUAUUCAGACUUCACCGGUCAUUGGAUCUGUAGGUGUUGAGAGGUAACUCUAGAUUAUUGUUGUAUAAAGAGUGUCAGAGGAAGUGCAGGGAGCAGGUUGGAGAGGAUGAUUGGAUUAACUCAGGACUUUAACUUUGACCUGAUAUUUUUGUCUGAUUCACAUCUUCACCUGAAUUUAUCAAAGUAGUGUUUGCUCCUAAAUCCAACCAAACCAGGAGUGUUGAUUUAAGAAACGCUCAGUUUGAGCUGAAAGUUCCUCUUUGGUCUCACAGGAAGACACUAACAGCAGUCUCACAGUAGGGUUAGUAAGAGGACAGAGCCCACUAAUGUCCCCCCAUGAUGGACCAGACAAGACUGCCCUGUUAACAAAUAUAAAGGAACCUAGCAAGACCGGUGACAUCAUCUUUCUCCUCCCCUCUCCGGUCAAUGUUUUUAUAUUCAAAGGCUGUUUGAUCUGCAUGCAGUAGAAAAAGAUAGUUAACGAUCAGUUCACGUAGUUAUAAUCACAACUUCACGCUCAAUAGAGGAGCUUCUGAUAGAUGAGGUUGAGUCUAACUUGUGUUUGUAGAGCAUGGACUGAAUACAGAUGGUGUUUAUGCUGAGUGAAAUGUGUUUAUCAUUAUCGUUCUUCUACUUUGUUAUUGCUUUUAUAACUUUGAACAGGUUCUUUACUUUGAAUCAGAAAAGAUUAAAUAAUGUUUCUUAUGUCUUUCAUUGAGGGAAGACAAUCAGAGCUUUGGUUUCUGUGGUCAGCAGAGGGCGCUGUUGUUUUGUAGUUUGUUCCCAGCAGAAUCAGUAUGCUCUGAGGACCCCCCCCCCCCCCCCCCCCCCCCCCCCCGCAGAGUUUACAUCUCCCUCUGGAGGAGUCCCCGUGUCAGAUAGGCCUUCAGCAGGUUCUGAAUCCACCUUAAGGGCUCCUCCCAGCUGGACAUGAACCUAAAAUCUUGAGAGAGAGGAGCCCAGUAGGAUCCUAAUCAGAUACCCGAACAUCCUUGUUUGUCUCCUUUAGUCGUAGUGUCAGCUCUGAGCUCUCUCAGGCUGAAGUCGUGUUUCAUAAAGAAGUUUAAAGACUCUUAAAUGUAACGUCGUCACGUUAGAGGCACCAAGAGGGCCUCAAGUUUUCUGAGUUUGAUCUUUAAUGUGAAUAAUAACAGAAAGAAAACUGCAGCGGUCAUUUAUUUUUUAGCGGUUGUUGUUGUAGUUCUCAUUUUGUCCACAAGAGGCUGAGGUGCAUGCUCUACAUCAGCUGUGUGUCCUGGGCCUCUUCUUUUCAAGUCUCCCCUAGAUAAUUAGGAACGUUCUUUUAUUCGCCCAACGCGUGUUUAUUAGAUUUAGUUCCUGUAAUCCAGCUCUCUGUUGGGAUUAGUAUAAUCCUGAUUUUGUUGAUCAGAGUAAUCCUAAUCCUAAUCAGAAGUUUUCAACAACACAAAGUUUUGUCAUGAUGAAAACAGGGUUUGUGUUACCUGAUUUGAUUUGAUUUUGUAAUCCUUUUGAACAACCCAUUCUCAAUAUUUGAUCCAAUCUGAUCAGAUUACCUUUGGACAUCUCUACCCCAUAGAUUACCUUCAAAAAGGUCACUAUUGACCAGAUCAGUAUUAUUAAUUACUAAAGGAAGAUAAGUACACAUAGUGACUCUUCCAGUUUUGUAUCUUUCUUUUAAAUGCAGAUAAAGAGUUUUUAUGUUUCCUUCCAGAAGAGUUCAUGUUUGUACCUGCUCUCUGUAGAGACUGUUAAUUAUGUGUAAGCAGGUUCUCAGUCGUUAUUAAAAACUAAUGUGAUGUUCUAAGUAAGUAAAGUUUAUUGAUUUAGCACUUUUCCCAGAGGAAAGUCACAAAGUGCUUUACAAAGACGAGACAAACGGAAAAUAAAUCCAAUAAAACGGAUAGGCAGCAUAAAAGGUGAAGUGUUUAGACAAUCCAUUAAAACCAUUCAAAGUUGAACAGGAGUGUAACAACGUUUUGGUUUCUGCAGAGCUGCAACACAAGUUUUUACUCACUUUCCUCUCAGCUUCAGUUAUGCACUUGUUUUGAUUUGCUUUGCUAUGAUUUAUGCAUUUGUUUAAAUGUUUAUAUUUGUUGCUUUAAUAAAAUAAUAAAGUUA